AUCACUGUCCACAUCUCCCUACCAAGAUUUACGAUAAAAUAGAGAAACCAUGUCUUCUCUCCGAAUACACCGAGAACUACCCUCUCUAUCACUCUUACCUGCCCAGAGAAUCCUUCAAGCCCAAGCUGGAGUACCAGAAAGGGUCCAUACCCAUGGAAGGCCUGACCACAUCAAGGAGAGAUUUUGGGCCUCACAAAGUGUUACCAGUGAAGUUCUACCAGCCCGACCAGUUCGUCCGAAGUGAAGAGAACAUGGAUCUGCUCACAACGUAUAAACAAGAUUAUAACCCCUACCCUGUCUGUCGAAUGGACCCCAUCAAGCCUCGGGGCAGUAAAUACCCAUGUGGUGACAAGAUGGAGUGUCUGCCUACUUACAAAGCUGAUUACUUACCCUGGAACCAACCAAGACGAGAGCUCCUUCGUCCAGAACACCACUACCGGCCAGCAUCAACCAGGUUUGAUAGUAGAACUACACACCAGGAUGACUAUUCUAUAAAGGGCCAAGUGAACACCAUGAGCUGUAAGCCUCUGGCCAUGCCCAAGCUCUGUAACAUACCCCUGGAGGAUCUGACUAACUACAAGAUGAGCUACGUGGCCCACCCUAUGGAGAAGCGCUUUGUGUAUGAAGCAGAGAAGUUCAGACCCUGUGAAAUCCCCUUUGAAAGUCUUACCACCCACAAAGAAUCCUACCGGGGCCUGAUGGGAGAGCCAGCCAAGAGCUUGAAACCGGCAGCCAGACCCUGCGGUUUAGACACACCUUUCUCUAACACCACUGAGUUUCGAGAUAAGUACCAAGCUUGGCCAAUGCCCCAGAUGUUCUCCAAAAUUCCUGUCACCUAUGUCCCUCCUGAAGAAAAGAUGGACCUUCUGACAACAGUGCAGGCCCAUUACACAUACCCUAAGGGUGCCCCAGCUCAGUCCUGCCGACCGGUGCUCUCAGUCAAGAAGGGUGGCAGCCGCUUUGAAGGCUCCACUACCACCAAGGACGACUAUAAACAGUGGCCUGGCAUGUGCCCAGAACUAGUCAAGCCUGUUCCCCAGCUGAACAUUCCCACCGAGCCCUUGGAUUGUCUGACCACGACUCGGGCCCACUAUGUGCCCCACCCACCCAUCAAUACCAAAAGUUGUAAGCCUCCCUGGGCCGGCCCCCAAGGAAAUAUCCCUGUGGAGGGCCAGACCACAUACAGCAUCAGUUAUACUCCCAAGGAUAUGGGCAGGUGCCUGGCUUCCUACGCUGAGCCCCCUGGCUACAUCUUUGAGGAAACGGAUGCUUUGGGGCACAGGAUAUACAGGCCAGUUUCCCAGACAGGCUCUCUGCAGAGCAGCUGUUUUUCUGUAGGUGAUUCGGAAAACCCCAACCAGCGGGAGUUGGCAGUGUCAGCCUGAUUUUUAAAAAUCGUUACUUAGAAAUUGCACAAUACUUUUAAAAGCAGAUGAUUGAGAGUUAUUCAUUGGCCAAAAAAGAAUUCCCCAAAAUGGAAAAAAAAAAUAGUCUUCAUCAUCAUUUCCAGGACACUUGAAUAAAAUGAGAAUCGCUUGACUCAAGGAAAAUGACAUUUAAUCACUGGCUAAGUAUUCCCCUUAACCCUCCCUCUGCUGCCUCCCCCACUUGGGUCCUUUACCUUGUGCUGAUGGAAUCAAAGCUGGUCUCAAGGGUUUUUCUCUGAACCAGAAAUAUUUUAUUAAUUCAAUCAUUGUAUGAAUUGACAUUGUAAUUUACCCUUGCCAAGUAUGAAGUGCUGAAGAAUAAACUUUAUUUUGGGGGGAA